AUGGAUAGCAAAGAAGAAGAUUAGUUUUAGGAUUCAUCUGAUGAAUUUACAAGCGGAAGCAGUGAAGAUGAAGAGUCUUGUGAUGAAAUCGUAUAGGGAAGCAGUCCUACAAAAAAAUUUAACUUAUACAAAUUCAUCAGUGACCCAAACCCUUUAAUGAGGCCUGAGUAAAGAGAAGAUUACUAUAUAAGAAAUGCAGUUGACCAAGAAUUAUUAUAAUUGCCAGAUUUUUUUGACGAAAUUAGAGAGAAAGAGGAAAAUUUUAGUGAUGAAUUAGAUAAAAAUUUCUUAGAUUUCGGCUAAUGUCUAGAAAGUUUAAAAGAUAAUUUCCAAGCCAAUGAAUAGCUUAACUCAGAAGAAAGAAGCUUAAAAACUUUAUUCAGAUUCCAUCAUGAUAAUCCUCAAGCUAGAUUAGUCUAUAAAAGAUACUAUGAUUUAUUCCCAAAUAAAUACUAUGCAAGUUACAUAUGUGAUUUAAAAAAUGUAUUCAAAAACAAGAAUGAGCUUAUAUUCAAGUAAUUAAACAAUAACCCUCAAGCUGAAAAAGAGAAAGCUAUUAAAAUAUAAAAAAAUGAUCUAAUAUUUGACUCAAGAUUUGAGUCUGGAAAUUUGUUCCAAGCUUGGAAGAUUUCGAACACAGAAUAUAAUUUGAUCUUGCAAAAUGAUAUUAACAGUAAAGGAAACACUUAAUGGUUUUUUUUCUCUGUUCAAAAUGCAAAGAAAGGCCAAUCAAUAACUUUCAACAUAAUUAAUUUAAAUAAAAAGACAUCACUAUUUCAAAAGGGUAUGCUACCUUGUGUUUAUUCUGUGAAAAGGAAAGAAGCAAAAAAUGCUGGAUGGAAAAGAGAAGGCUAUGCAAUUAAAUACUACAAAUCUUUCAUAUAAAAGGAGGGCUUUUAUAAUAGAUCCUACUACACUCUAAGUUUCACUUAUACGUUUUAAUAUAAUGAAGAUAUUGUUUAUUUUGCUUACUCCUACCCUUAUACUUACUCUGAUUUGAACAAUUAUCUAAAAAAAAUUGAAGAAGAUCCUAAAAAAAGUUAAUAUAUUCACAGAAAGAUAGGCUGCAAAACUUUGGCAAAAAAUAACAUGGAUGUUAUUACAAUCACCUCAUCUUGCAAUAUUAAAAGAGAUAAAAGAAAAUUAGUUUAUUUUAUGGCCAGAUAGCAUCCUGGUGAAGUAACGGGGAGUUACAUUAUUGAGGGGGUUAUCAAUUAUUUAACUGAAGACACCCCUGAAGCUGAAUUAUUAAGGUAACAUUAUGUAUUCAAAAUUAUCCCUAUGAUAAAUCCUGAUGGUGUUAUUCAUGGGAAUAAUAGAUGCUCACUUGCUGGAAUUGACCUUAAUAGGAAAUGGAGAAAUCCUCAUAAAAAGCUACAUCCUUGCAUCAACUAUAUUAAGAAUUUGAUAAAAAAGAAUCUCCAUGUGAGAGAAACUAAGCUGUUAGUAGAUUUUCAUGGACACAGUAAAAAAUUGAACGCAUUCUUCUAUGGCAAUACUUAUUACUCACAGCCAGAACUAACAAGAAUCUUUCCUAUGAUGCUGAGUAAACAUGAACCCAGAAUCAGCUUUGAAGAUUGCAGAUUUAAAGUAUAAAAGUACUAUGAAUCUACUGCAAGAAUAGCUUUAUGGAGAAUGCUAAGGAUCCCCAAUGUUUUUACUCUAGAAGCCAGUUUUUAUGGAUAUUAAAACAAAGAAGGAAGGCAUGUUAACUUUACACCAAAAUCUUAUAUAUAAAUUGGAAGAAGUAUUUGUACUUCACUUCAUAACAUGCUUUUGGAUGAGCUAAAAAUAAAUCCAGAUCUACUUAUCCCUAUCGAAGAUGAGAAUGAGCUUAAAAGAAGACAAAAAGAAGAGUAAAAUAUAAAUAAAUAGGAUACUUAGAAAAAAGAAGGGGAAGAAUGCUUAUUGGAAGUUGUCAUUAAUGACUUAUAAAAUUAAAAAAAAUUAAUAGACUGUGGUGAGGUUGAAUGCAGUGGUAGUGAAAGCAGCUGCUCAGGUGAUGAAUUGGAUGAAGAUAUCAUGAAUAUGAUUAUGCCUAAAAAUUUACAAAAGAAAAAAAAAGAUAAAAAGAAGAGAAAGAAAAGUUUUAAGGAAGACGGAACCACUUUAGUUUAAAAUAAAAUAGAUAAAAGAGAUUCUAUUAAACAAGUACCUAGUGCUGCUACUCCUGCUCAACCUCAAUAGCCAGAAUAUAAAGAAAAAAGAAAAUCAAUAAAGAAUACCUCUAGAGAAAGGAUAACUGAAUUAACAAGCAUACAAAAAAGAAUGAUGCAAAUACAAGUGAUAAAAUAAGAAAAAUAAACAUAAACUGAUGAAUAUGAAUAAAAUGCUUUUAAUUUCUUAAAAAAAACCUAAGAAAAUAUAAUUUUAUAAGACAAAAAGCAAAAAAUCAGUCAACUUCCUCCUCGUCCUUACUUUAUAAAAAACUCUAACAACUAUAGCAAUUCUGUUUAACUUUAGCUAAACCAAGAUGUAAUUCAUUCUCAAGCAUAUGGAGCUAAGAACGAAGACGAAAUCGCUGUUUUACCUAAAAUAAAUCCAUACAUCAUUCAAAGAUCAAUAGAGGAAGGUAGAUUGUCUAAUUUAAUGGCUAAAAAUUUUUGUAUUACAGGAUAGAAAGUAAAAGAUGACUAAUGCAUAUAGAAUGUAAAGUAAAUUGAGGUUUUUAAAUCACCCUAGUUAAAUUGCAGAGAAGUGUCUACUUAGACUUCAGAAUUAGUUAGCAAGCUAAGAAGCAUAAUUAAGUAAGAUAAAUAAUAGCUAAGUUCUCAAGAUAGUGACAUGAGAAAGCUUUCUCAGCAAUCAGCUUCAAUAGACCAUGAAUCUUAAACAUUUUCUGCUAAGUAAUACUUUAACAGAAAAAGAAAUUUCACCUUAAAUGGUCCAACCUUAAAUUAAAUUCUUCUAUACAAAAAAGAAGAAACUUAAAAUAUUAAUUAACACAUCAACCACAACAAGCUUUUCACAAACAAUCACUUUAGAAAAAGAGAUCUUAGCGAUAAUCCUAGAAGAGAAUCAACUGCUCUAAGCAAUUAAAGAGAAAAUAAUAAUCUAAAUAGUUCUCGAAAUAGUCCAACAAAUAAUAACGCACUCUAGGGAUAGAUUCCCUUUAGUGUUUUAAAGUAGGAGUUUUAAAAGACUUUAAGCAAGUAAUAAAAGUAAAAAGAUAGAAGAUAAAGCAGUGAAAAAAAUUAAAUACAAAUAAAUAAUGGAAGUAAUAUCUAUAAUGGAACAAGUAGUAUUUAGAAUUAAGGAAGCAAUUAAAAAUAAAUCUUUGAAUAUCAUGACACUCUUUCUUUAUAAAAAAUGUCAAUAAAAUAAAAUGAGAACAACAACAAUAGCAACUUCUUCAUCGAAAACUUUGUAACAAUAAAAAAUGAUCAAGAACAAUAUAUAAAUAAAAGAUCUUCAUCUGAAUAAAAUUAGCAAAUUGUACAAAAUCUUACAUAAUCUUAAAUAAGUAGAGCUCAGAUAUCCAGGCCCUACACAAAUCAGGUAAAAAAUACAGAAUACGAUGAAAAUUAACCAUUCUCAAACAAAAUUCCUAGAAAUAAAUCUUAAUCUUCAGCCACAAGCUAAACAAAUAGAAACUAUCUUAUUAAACAAAGAAAGCCAUUUGGCAACUCAAUUAUCAAUUAAAAUAAUUGA